UGUGCAGUUGUCUUCUUUAGCACCGGCUUCAUGAACCACCAGGCAAGGAUGUGCCACUUCCCAGGUGUGCAGCCUGAGUCUUGGUUUGGCUGAGAAAUGUGACAAAAAGCACUCCAUGCUAAUGCAGUCUCUCAAAAUCCUGAAAUCCUGCAAGAUUGUGUGAGGUGGGAAUAAUCCUCUGCAGCUAUGCAUGGCAGCGACUCUCUCCCCUUCCACAGCACACAAUAAUAGUAUUAUUGUAAGCAGUGUUUCAGGGUCACAAGGGAAUGAGCUAAUUGCAGAUACAGUUCUUGGAGAAGUAAUUGCCUUGUGCUCCUUUUUACCUUUCUCUGGCUCGUUUCUUUCCUCUCCUGUGUGAGGGUGAAGGAUGAUUUCUGAGAGAGGAGGACAAGGUCAGCAGCAGACUCCACACCACCUUCCAGCUGGACCAAAAGGCUUUUACAGAAUCAUAGCUUGGAAGGGACUUCUGGAGAUCACCCAGUCCAACACCCUGCCAAAGCAGGGUCACCUGGAGCGGGUGACACAGAACUCAUCCAGGUGGGGUUUGUAAGUCUCCAGAGGGAGACUCCAUGACCUCUCUAGGCAGCCCGUUUCAGUGCUCUGCCAGCCUCAGUGCAAAAGGUUGAGGUGGAACUUCUUGUGUUACGGUUUACUGCCAUUGCUCCACAUCCUGUCAUGGGCACCACCGAAAGUCUCAGCACUUUACAUAUUUUUAUUUAUUAAUGAGAUUCCCUCUCAGUCUUGUCUUCUCCAGACUUAACAGGCCCAGCUCCUGCAGUCUCCCCUCACGAGGGAGACAUGGAUGUUGAAAAACCAUUAUCAACCAAGCAUCCAAGAACAGCGGACAGGGUGCCCAACACCGGCUCCCGCAGACACUCAAGUCCCCGGGAUUCCCGGACUGCGGCAGCCCAGACGCAGGAGCAGGCAGUGCCCCUGAGGGGAGGGGAGAGGACGAGCCAGCCUCCAGCCCUAUCCCCGGCGCAUCCCGCGGCCCGGCAGGCGCGGGGCGGGGCGGGGCGGGGCGGGGCGGGGCCGCGGGCGGGCCCGGAAGAUCCGGGUCGGAGGGGACGGGAAGUCGGGACGUGGCCGCCGCAGCGGAGCAGGAGGAGGAGGGCGGGUGGGAGGCGGCGGAGGAGGAUGGCGGCGGUGCUGAGCUCGGACCGGCUCGAGGUCUCGGUGGACGGGCUGACGCUGAGCCCCAACGCCGAGGUGCCGCCCUGCGAAGCGCGGCCGGCGCAGGGCGAGCCGGCGGCGGGGCGGGGCCGAGCGGGCCCCGGCUCCCCGGGUGCGGCGGAGGCCGGCGGCGAGGCGGCGGAGGAGGCGGCGCUGAGCCUGGAGCGGCGCUGGGGCUUCUCGCUGGAGGAGCUCUACGGGCUGGCGCUGCGCUUCUUCAAAGAAAAAGAUGGCAAAGCCUUUCAUCCAACAUAUGAAGAAAAGCUCAAACUUGUCGCACUGCACAAGCAGGUUCUGCUGGGACCUUAUAACCCUGACACUUGCCCUGAAGUUGGAUUCUUUGAUGUGCUGGGGAACGAUAGAAGGAAGGAAUGGGCUGCCCUUGGAAACAUGUCAAAACAAAAAGCUAUGACAGAAUUUGUCAAGCUCCUACAUAGGUGCUGCCACUUGUUCUCAACGUAUGUCACUUCCCACAAGAUAGAGAAAGAAGAGCAAGAAAAGAAAAGAAGAGAAGAGGAAGAGCGAAGGCGGCGCGAGGAGGAGGAGCGGGAGCGGUUGCAAAAGGAAGAAGAAAAACGUAGGCGAGAAGAGGAGGAAAGACUGAGAAGGGAAGAAGAGGAGAGGAGGAGAAUAGAGGAGGAACGACUCCGCAUGGAACAGCAGAAGCAGCAGAUCAUGGCAGCGCUGAACUCUCAGACAGCCGUGCAGUUCCAGCAGUACGCGGCCCAGCAGUAUCCCGGCAACUACGAGCAGCAGCAGAUCCUCAUCCGGCAGCUCCAGGAGCAGCACUACCAGCAGUACAUGCAGCAGCUCUACCAGGUCCAGCUCGCACAGCAGCAGGCAGCCUUACAGAAGCAGCAGGAUGCAGUGGUGGUAGCGACAGGGACACCCCUAACUACUGCAUCGAAGGUGAACACCCCUGCCCCAGGGGACACCCCAUCCAUUAAUGGGCAGGCCAGUGCACAUGCAGACAGCUCUGAAAAAGAGUUGGAUCCAGAGGUUUUGGAAGAAGCACUGGAGAAUGGACCAAAAGAUUCUGUCCCAGUGAUUGCUGCCCCAUCCAUGUGGACACGACCCCAGAUCAAAGACUUCAAAGAAAAAAUCCGUCAGGAUGCAGACUCUGUGAUCACAGUGGGCCGAGGAGAAGUGGUUACAGUCAGAGUCCCAACUCAUGAAGAGGGGUCUUACCUCUUUUGGGAGUUUGCUACAGACAAUUAUGACAUUGGUUUUGGGGUGUAUUUUGAAUGGACAGACUCCCCUAAUACUGCAGUCAGUGUGCAUGUCAGCGAGUCCAGUGAUGAUGAGGAGGAAGAGGAAGAAAAUACUAGCAGUGAAGAAAAAGCCAAAAAGAAUGCCAACAAGCCUCAGCUAGAUGAAAUAGUGCCUGUGUACAGACGAGACUGUCACGAAGAAGUGUAUGCUGGCAGCCACCAGUACCCAGGGAGAGGAGUUUAUCUUCUUAAAUUUGACAACUCCUACUCUCUAUGGAGGUCAAAAACAGUUUACUACAGAGUUUAUUAUACUAGAUAAAGGUGUGGCUGUGUCUGAGUCUGAGCUGUGCAGAAGAUGUCAUUUUAUUUGGAAUUUUCUUCAAGCAUAAUGGAUCCUUUUGAGUCUGUGUUUCAUCCUGUCUGUAUCUGUAUGGUUUGUGUGAACUUUUAACAAGUAGACACUGGGAUCUUCCUGCUCCAUGACACUAAUGCAUAUUGCAUUGGGCUUAACACAGGAUCUCCCUAACCUUUUUGGGGAUUGGAGUCAUUGGCUCCAGUGCUGAGAUCACAUCCAUUGCACUUGUUAAAGCCUCAUGAAAAAGGGGGAGGGAGUUGCUGGCUCACUGGCUGGGUGAUCUGAUGUUUCCAGGUCUGGAUGCCUUGAAUAACUUGUUGAUGGUUAAUUUAAAGGUCCCAUCAGUAACUGGUAGAUUUGGAUGCAGUUUGCUGUAUAGCAAGUUUCUCUUAACUGUAAUUGAAUGUCAGAUUUUUUACACCAUUAAAACUUAAAGUUUCAAGUUUAUGCAGUUUAGAAACAAGUUGUCUCACUUCUGUCCUCAUCAAAGAAGAAACAUUCAGUUCCUUAAACCAGUGUAGUGUGUAAGACAAGGAUGAACAACAUCCUGAAAGUACAGCAAAUAACCUCUUCUGAAGGCAUAAGCUGAAUGAUGUUUAAAAGUAUGUGUAACAAGAAGAACCUUAAUCUCUGCCCCACUGAUAACCCUAGAAUAAAAGUCAUAUCUUGAUGCAAUUGACUUCAAACAGGAUAUAGACUACUCCUGAGUUUAAUGGGGUUUUUAAUGGGGUAGGCUAAAAAAACUACAAGGCUACAAACUUGAAACCAGUUUUGUAAGACCUGAAUAUGCAUGUUGUGCCUGGAGAGCAGUCAGUCACUUUGAUAGAGUAUAGAGUUAAUGUUGCACUAAUGAUGGAAAUCACUGCCACUCCCUUUUAGUCUGAACUGGUGAUAGUGGGGUGCAAACUUUCUGCUUUAAUUUGUAACUGUGGGCAGAAAGGCCAGGUGCACAUACAGAUACUUAAUGUAGCUUUAAUCUCAAUUUCCUAUGGUUUGGUUGGGGCAUUUUGUAAAGUGAAAAAACACUGCAGGUGUCCCUUGGCUUGAGGCUGCAGUAAGAAUCCACUCCCCCGGAGCCCAGGGGUGACUGUUGCAAUAAUGACUUGUGCAAGUGCUCUCUGCAUGGGUGAUGCACCUUGUUACUGAAAGGAAAUGAUUGCUUUGGGUCUCAGACCAGCUCUUGCAGUCAGGCUUCCAUUGAUCAGCUGCAGCAUGUGCAGUUCCACGCCAAACAAUGCUGAGUUGGCGGGGUUUGUGUGAACGGUUACUUUGUACAUACAUGAUACUUUACUUUUCUCAUACCAACCAUGGAGAUACUUCUCCUAGAGUGCUUAACUUGUCACCUUGCUUUUUGGGUCAGCAACACCGUACCAGCUUACAGCUAGUUAGUGCUGCUUUAUCCAAAAACACUGUACAAUGUUCUGCUCUUGUGUACAUACAGUAUAUAAACCAUGAAUUUAGAAAGUACCUUGCUUUUAAAGAAAACUGUAUUUAAUGUAAAAAAAAAAAGAAAAACAACAACAAAAAAAUCUUUUAAAAAGGCAGGCACUAAUAUAUUUCUUCUGGUCUUCAAAUUACUUUUUUUUUUUUUUUGUCCAUACAAAAAUGUUACAACUUCUUCCUCUAAGAAUAUCUGUUCUUGGGAGCGGUGUUUGUCGCUUUAAAUGGCAGCACUUACUGUCAUGUGUUGGAUGCUAGAACUUCUACAUUUUCAGACAUUUUUUUUAUUGCCUCUGGCUGUUGAUAGUACAGUAAAAGUGCGAUUUCAAGAUACCUUGAGAUAGUAUUUAAUCCUAAUUAAAAUACAUUUAUCUGUAA